AUGAGUUCGAUGGACCGCUACGUGGUGCAGCGCGAGAUUGCGUCGGUGGCGUCGGGCAAGGUGCUCCUCUGCACCGACAAGAUGACGCAGAAGGACGUCGUCGUCAAGCGUAUUCGCCACACGCCGGGGCCCGAGAAGGCCAUUCACCGCCACUUGAGCAAGCUCGGCGGCCAUGCGCACGUGCUCCAGCUCCUACGCGACUUUACCGAAGCCGGCUACGACCACUUUGUGCUCGAGCACUGCCCGAAAGGCGAGCUCUUUGACCUUGUCUCGCGCGCGACCCGCCUCGAAGCGCCCAUCGCGCUCCACUACUUUGAGCAAAUCGUCGCCGGCGUCCAGUUCAUCCACCGCCGCGGCUACGCGCACAUGGACCUCUCGCUCGAGAACGUGCUUGUCGACGCACACGGCGUCAUGAAGGUCAUCGACUUUGGCCUGGCGGUCGCGAUCGACCUGCCGCAGCGCAACGCCGUCGGCAAGUACUUUUACAUGGCCCCGGAAAUGUUUACGGGCGCCACCUAUGACGCGGCGGCCGCGGACGUCUGGUCGCUGGGCAUCAUGCUCUUCAUCAUGCUCACGGGCAACCCGCCGUUUUCGCAGGCCGUGCCGUCCGACGCGGUCUUUGAGUAUGUCUCCACCUAUGGUCUGCGCGCGAUCGCCACGUCGUGGAAGGUCGACCACUUGAUUCCCGCGGCGACCAUGGACCUCCUCGAACAAAUGCUCUCGAUCGACCCGGCGGGCCGCCCGCAUAUCAACGACGUUCUCGCAGCGGUGACGCCGGUUGUCGAGACCAAGACGCACAAGGCGGAGAAGGCCAAGCACAACCACGUCCGUGCCUUCCUCAAGAACGUCUUCUCGCACUCGUCCAAGAAGGUUGCCGUGUGGCAGUAAGCCGCGCCCACCUCCUUACAUGUGUCUUAUUUAUCGAUCCUAGUCUUAUUGUAGCUUAUUAUAUAUAUA